AUGCGAUCUAGAAGACACGGAACUGGAGAACCUUUGGUUGGAGUAAAUGUUUCCGAGUCCAAAGGGAUUCUCGCGGGAACCUGUUAUCGCCCGCCCGCCGGAAAACUCUCAGUUUUUAGAAAUUUUUUAACUGGACUUGGAAAGAGUGUCAGGAAACGAUAAAGAAACGUUGGUGACUAGUGAUUUUAAUUACGAUCUUAAAGUACCAACGCAAGGAACAGAUUUGAAGGCAUCAAAAGGCAUUUUUCGUCUUCGGAAUUUCUUACGACGGAUUGACUGUCUUACAAGGGUAACAAAACUUAGUGCUACACUUACUGACUUGAUCGUGACAAACAACCCGUCAAGCAAGCAGUAGUACCCCUCAGUAUAAGCGAUCAUGAUCUUGUUUUGUGCGUUAGAAAAAUUAACGCGUUGAAAUAUCCACCCAAAACAAUUGAAUGCAGAGACUAUAGAUAUUACUCGCCUAAGGAUUUUUGUGAAAGCUUGAGCCAAAUCAACUGGGACCCUGUCAGGUACGCCUCCAACGUAAACAAUAUCUUCGAUUUCUUUAAUGUCAAUUUCAAAGUGCAGUGCGAUCGGCACGCCCCUUCGAUCCAAAAAAAGUCAGGGAUGUUAACUACCCAUAGUUAG